CUUGGCAAAUCUGUAAGCAAACAUUGUGCGCCAAAGUCGGGUGGCGCUUCUGGUUUUGUGGAUGAGUGCGACUCACAAAAGGAUCUGGCGGCCCGCGUGAAGAAACCAUCACCAACAGCUAAACCAACACCAAAACCAACAUCACAGCUUGAUGCUGGUCAGAUAAAUCUGGAUGAAAGACUUAUCAAAGGCAGUGCUGGAAGUAGGAAAUUUGAUGAAUCUCAAAUGAGGCCGCAGUUUUAUGUAGGGCCUAAAACUCGAUUAAAAGUUUAUGUCAGAAAAUUAGACAUCACAAAACUCGAUGCAGACGCCAUUGUGAGCUCCGCCGAUCGACGUCUCCGCCAUUUUGGUAGGGUCGCACAAGCCAUCGCUUCUGCAGCCGGCCCUUCACUGGUCAAUGAGUGUGAAUCUUACAGAAGAACGCUCGAAAGUCUUGAUGUCACCGAUGUGUUCGUGUCGAACGGUGGACUUUUAAAAGCGAAGUAUGUGCUUCACGCUGUCGGCCCAAAGUUUGAGGCUUGUACAGACAAUAAACUUUCAACAGACUUGCGGAGAACCGUGGUCAGGUGUCUGGUUGAAGCGUCUAGACUACAGUGCGAGUCCGUAGCCUUGCCGUCUAUCUGUUCUGGUGAGUUUCCUAUAUUUAUGAUAGCACUGAAGAGACACACAAUAAUGUCAUGCAUUUUAAGAGUUUAAAGCGCCAAAAACACAGACAUCACUUAUACUAUAAGCAAAAUGCUGGAAAGAUAAUUCAAUUUGAAUUAUUUGUAGGCAAUUAAAUAUGUAUAUAAACAGUCCUGAUUCAAUUUGUUAACUGUUGAGAUUUAUACUUACAACUUAUAAGAGCUUAUUGCAUAAUCUCAGCUGUUAGAUCAUGAAGCAUACUCGUUAUUUUGUAGUUUAGAAUGCAGGAAUACAAUUAUUGUUUCACAGAAUUGUAAUUCAAGCUUCUGUUCAUGGUAAUUUUGGUAAUUAAAAAUGUUCAAAACUAUUUUCUGCAGUCGCCUUGAUACUAACAAAAGAGCAAAUCGCCCAAUGCUACACGGAGGCUGUGAAAAGUUUUGAUGACUUCGCCGACAAGUUGGGCGUCGUCCCUGUCAAGGACGUUUGGUUUGUUGAUAUUAACGAGAUUAUGGUGGACGCCAUUCAGAGGAAGUGUAUGAACGAAUGGGACAGACCAGUGGAUACGGCGGUCAGUCGAGGAGAUUUUCAGUUUGCACAGAAGCACCUCGCCGAAAGGAAUGGUCGAUCUGGUAGCGCUGCUGUCCAGGAUGAAUAUCAGCAGCCAUUACCCCAAGCAACGAAGCAACGGAGCCGAAGCCAUCAAACUGUAUCACAAGCAGAUGCUACAAAAGGCGCUCCAGCCCCAAAUGCAAAAGCCCUUUUAUCGCCAUCGGUUGCUGCAUAUACAAAAGCCCUUUUAUCGCCAUCGGUUGCUGCAUAUACAAAAGCCCUUUUAUCGCCAUCGGUU